AUGAAGUUCCUCCUAACGCUCGCACUGCUCAUCGCCUUAUUUGUCUUCAACAUAGAAGCCACCGCAUCAACGCAUUUCACGAAGAAACUCACUCUCACUCCGCGCGGCGAGACGAGGCGAUGCCCGACCAAUACUGAGCUGUGUAUCUUCGCGAACGGCAAGAUCUGCUACGACCCCGUCGAGGGCAGCUGUUGUGAAGACGGAAGUGGCUUCUGCUCAGGCGGCUUUGUCUGUGGCUAUGGCAUUGCGAUCAACUAUUGCUGCGAGCCGGGCCGCACCAUGGACGAAUGCGUUCAGGCCAAAUCCGUCGGGACUGCCACUGCCACCGAUAUCCCACCGACCCCUGUCCCUAGCCCUUGA